CCCGAGGCCAACCCCCACGCCAAGCAAGGCUGAGCUGGUUUGGUCUGGUGAUGCCUCCGAGUGGCUGGCUGGGGCUGAGGGACACAGACCGUGUCUUGGAGUCUGGAGGAACUGACCCGUCCCUUCCAGUGACCUAUCGAGCCGCGCCAUCCGGGAGCCCGUAGGGAAGCAGCGGGGCCAGCACCCACCUCCUACCGCCCCCUGCUGCCAGCCAUGGAGAACAGCAGCAAAUUCGACAGCCCCACCAACAUCUCCCUGGCCAGCAACGCCGCCGUCUCUGACGAGAUCGAAUACAAGGCCAUCUCGGUCUUCUUGGUGCUGGCAAUCUGCAGCAUGGGCAUCGUGGGCAACGUCAUGGUGGUGCUGGUGGUCCUCACCACCCGGGAGAUGAAGACACCCACCAACUGCUACCUGGUCAGCCUGGCCGUGGCCGACCUGACCGUCCUGGUGGCUGCUGGCUUGCCCAAUGUCUCCGACAGCCUGGCGGGGACGUGGAUUUAUGGGCACGCUGGCUGCCUCGGGAUAACCUACUUCCAGUACCUGGGCAUCAACGUCUCCUCCUGCUCCAUCGCAGCCUUCACCGUGGAGAGGUACAUCGCCAUCUGCCACCCAAUCCGCGCCCAGACCAUGUGCACGGUGUCCCGGGCCAAGCGCAUCAUCGCCUUCGUCUGGAUCGGCACCUCCAUCUACUGCCUGCUCUGGUUCUUCCUGGUCGACAUCAACGUCACCCAGCACCAGCACCUGGAGUGCGGCUACAAGGUCUCCCGCAACCUCUACCUGCCCAUCUACCUGCUCGACUUCGCCCUCUUCUUUGUCACCCCGCUGUGUGUGGCCACCGUGCUCUACGGGCUGAUCGGGAGAAUCCUGUUCGCCAGCCCCGUCUCCCACCAAGCCGACGCCAGCGCCGAGUCCUGGGGGGAGAGGAGCGGGAAGGAGAAGAAUGGAGUGGGCGCCCAGGGGAGCAAGCCCGUCAGCCGCUGCAGGAGCCGAGGGGCUCUGUCCUCUCGGAGGCAGGUCACCAAGAUGCUGGCGGUGGUCGUGAUCCUCUUCGCCCUGCUCUGGAUGCCCUACCGGACGCUGGUGCUGGUGAACUCCUUCAUGGACCACCCCUUCCUGGACCCCUGGUUCAUCCUCUUCUGCCGGGUCUGUGUCUACGCCAACAGCGCCAUCAACCCCGUGGUCUACAACCUCAUGUCCCAGAAGUUCCGGGCCGCCUUCCAGCGGCUGUGCAAGUGCGGGGAGGGGGAGCCGUCACCCCGCAGCCUGUACAUGGCCACUGCCAGCUACAGCCAGGCGAGGGAGCCCCUGCCCCCCGCCCCCCAGCCGCAGGCCCCCGCGGGAGGCAACCCCCCCCCGCCGGCAAGCAGCACGGCCCUCUCGAAGAAGCAGCUGCCACCACCAUGGAGUCAGGGGGGCAAUGGGGAAGAGCUGUACUUCAGUGUGGUGUAGGUCCCCACCCCCGGCUCUAUGGCUCCCCCUUCUCCCUGUAUAGACACACAGGGCAGGUGGGUGCCUCUCCAUACUCUCCCAGCGCAUGGGUGUAUUUUGCCUGGGGAAGGGGCUAGGAUGGGGGACGGAGGUGGGGGAGGGACACCAGACGCUCUCCUCAAACCCUCCUCACACACCACGAGGACAAAGCUCCGUCUCCUUCAACCCUCCCGGCUCCAGAGGGGUCAGGCUAAGGGCCGGGAAAGCCAUGGCAGAUGAAAGGAAGGGGGGCAGCCGCCUCCAGAAGCUACUGCCACCAGACCCCAUUGGGCAGAGCUCAGAAGAGGCAAAGAGGCAUGAAGCCAAGAGCAGGGGACGGCAGCCGCAUGCUCGGGGCAUUGCCUGGGGGUUGCUGAGGGGCCCAGGUAGAAGAGGGCUUGUACCCCCUGCCGCCUACCACACACCAUUGCAGAUCAGUGCCCGGGAUCGCCCGUGCACCCGCUUCUCAUUAGGGACGAGCCGAGCCAAACCCAAGCAACCCAAAGGGCAGCUCAGAAUCCACGUCUGCUCUGCAUCGGCAUCCAUCACUAGCUCCCACCAGGCUGCGGUGGCUGCAGGACAAUCCAUGGCGCCCCGAGACCAAGGUCGCAAGGCAGCCACCGGCCCCGUGUCCUGCUCUGCCCACCACUCCGCCAGCCUCAACAUCCCCUGCCAGGCAGCUGCAGGGCUGACGCGGUCGCCUAGGAGAUCCCUGAGCAUCGCACAGAAGAGGGGUGGGGCCCUGUUGGCCUUUUAACCCUGAGAAGACCGGCAUUUCUGGAGCAGUGAAUGCCAC